AUGGCUGAUACACAACAAGCAGCGAGCGGAACGCUUCUACUCAUUCUGGUCCAAGUGGCCUCCCGGGGACUGACCUUCGUCGGCAACCAAUUUCUGCUACGCUUCCUGUCGCCCUCGCUACUCGGCAUAGCUGUUCAGCUCGAGCUCGUCUCUGUGACAUGCUUGUAUUUCGCGAGGGAGAGUCUGCGGGUGGCACUGCAGAGACAGCCGCCAUCAUCAGCCACGCAGAAAAAGGAGUCAACCUCGACAACAGGCGACCAAGGAACUGCUGGACAGCGUGAGACCCAAACGGUGGUCAACCUGUCCUACUUGGCGGUUCUCCUGGGAUGUGGCAUUUCGACCAUCUUCGGCUACUCGUACCUCCGGGGCGCAGCGGACGAGGCUCUCCACAGUCCCUACUUCUACCUAUCUUUCCAGAUAUACGCUGCUGCGACUAUCAUCGAACUGCUGGCCGAGCCGGCCUUCGUCGUCCUCCAACAGAGGAGUCUCUUCCGGGACAGGGCCCGCGCAGAGACGAGUGCCGCCAUGGCGAGAUGUUUUGCAGCCUGCGCCGUUGUCCUGCUGGGACAUAGACGAGGCGUGGCUCCCUCCAUCUUACCCUUUGCCGCCGGACAGGCUGCUUACGCCACGACUCUGCUGGGCUUGUAUCUUCUGCCAGUAUUGCGGCUGUCCAAAGUGGACAAUUUCGAUCUCUUUCCCACGCCACUACCACCACCACUGCUGGGGUCAUCUAUGUCAACAGCUUCAGCCUCCUCGUCGUCGUCGUCGUCCUCCUCCUCCUCCUCCUCCUCCUCCUCCCACCACUACUACUUGGAUCUCUUCCACAAAGAGAUCCUGUCCCUGGCAACAACCAUGUACAUGCAAUCGGUGUUCAAGCUGCUUCUCACACAAGGCGACGCUCUGAUCAUGAGCUUCCUGUCGUCCCUCGCCGAUCAAGGAGCCUUUGCUCUAGCCUCAAACUACGGCGGUCUAUUAGCCCGGCUGGUAUUCCAGCCCGUAGAGGAAAGCAGUCGGAACGCAUUCGGACGACUUCUUGCACGGGGCCCAGCAACCGUCGAGAAUACGAGUUCUGGGACCACGUCGACGUCGACGUCAAUGUCCAAUACAGUCGGCGAUAACCUUGGCGAAAGUAGACCAGAGUCGCGCAAGGCCAGCCACGCCAAUACCCACCACACCAACAAGCUGCGUGCCGCCCUAGGGUAUCUCUCGACAACGCUCCGUCUGUACCUCCUGUUUGCCCGCCCGCUCGUGACGCUCGCGCCCGCCAUUCUUCCCGCUUUCGUCCCCGUUGUCCUCUCGCGGCAAUGGCGCACCCCGGCCACGGUCGCCCUGCUGCAAAUGUACUGCUACUACAUCCCGCUGAUGGCCGUCAACGGGGUCCUCGACGCCUUCGUCACGUCCGUGGCCACGCCGGCACAGCUGCGCAGCCAGUCGUUGUGGAUGCUGGCCUUCACGGCCGUCUACGCGGCUACCGCGUGGGCCAUGAUGGACGUGUGGAGGAUGGGCAGCGUCGGGCUGGUCGGCGCGAACAUGGUCAACAUGGCCCUCCGGAUCGCUUGGAGCGUGCGGUAUGUCCGGGCCUGGGUCGCGGAGAAGGAGAAGGAAACGGGCCAGCAGGGGUUGUGGAGAGGCUUGGUCGUCGAGAUGAUGCCCAACGCGGGUGCGGUUCUGGCCGGGGUGGUCGUGGUGAAUGCAGCCACCGCGUCUUCGCAACCGUUGGGUAUGACGAUUCGUGAUGCCAAUACUGGCGAAAUCAGUGUCCGGGGUCUUGGAGUCUGGGUGGCAGGGGCUGUGGUCUUGGUGUCUACGAUGUAA